AUCUCUCCACUCUCUGACGACCAGCACCAACAUGGCCGACAACUGCAGCGAACAGACCGGAAACGCCAGCACGACGCCGGAAACGAUGCUGUUCAUCGUGCAGGAGUUCACCAACCAGACCUUCUGGUUCUCCCCCACCACCGUCAUCGCCCUCGUCAUCUCCUACUGCUUCGUCAUCGUGGCGGGUUUGGCCGGCAACAUCCUGGUUAUCGUCGUCAUCUGUAGGAAAAAGGCACUGCGAAGCUCCAGGAACAUCUACAUCCUCAACCUCUCGGUCUGUGACGUCAUCAUGUGCUCCAUCUGCAUGCCCUUCUCGCUUGUCCAGCUGACCUUGAAGAAAUGGACCAUGGGCUCGGUCAUGUGCAGGAUUGUCCCGGCUCUGGCCACUAUCGACGUCUUUGUCUCCACACUAACCAUCGUGGUAAUCGCCCUUGACCGCUACAUGUCCAUCGUCCACACCUCCCAGUUAACGACGCGUCACGUGGUCUCGGCUCUACUGGUCAUCUGGAUUCUGUCCAUCCUCUUGUCCACGCCGCUCUUCAGUUUCCACAAGAUAGAGACACAGGAGAUGUACGAGCACAGGUUUUUCCAGGUGUGUAUUGACCACUGGCCAGAUGAUUUGUUUAGGGAAAUCUACACAACCUCGGUUAUGUUGAUACAGUACCUGACACCUGCUAGUUUUAUCUCGUGCCUUCACGCGAGAAUAUGUAAAUUCUUGCAAUAUCGACUGGAGGAGAGACCCGGAAGUGACACGCAGAUCUCCGAACGGGCCAAAGACGACUUGAAGCGUCACAGACGCAACAUGGUUCUCUUGACUGCCAUGGCGCUCAUCUUCUCGGUCACGUGGCUCCCGUUAACGCUGCUGAACAUCACUGCAGACCUGGAUCACACGGUAUUUCAAGAAGGCGACUACAACCUGAUGCACGCCGUCUGCCUUCUGAUCGCCAUGUCGUCGUCUGUGGCCAACCCCGUCAUGUACGGCUGGUUCAACUCAAACUUCCGGAAAGCUUUCUGCGAAUUUCUCGGUUUUUUGGACAGUUUUGGCGGGAAAGUCUCGUGCAAUGACAAGACUUCGAAGAAAGCCUCCAACAGCGGUAACUUCAGAAGCAGGAACCUCUCCAGCUCAAAGUCGUACUCCACAAACGAGGAAAAGAAAGCCAGACCGAAAUCUCGUAAAAAAUCUCCAGGGAGAAAUUUCCGUUUCAGUUUUGAAGGCGUUUCCGGAAGUCAGACAGACGACAGAUGCCGUAACGAUAAGAGUUUGACUGUUUUUACUGACAGUAUAAAACACAGGCCGAAAAGCCAUUCAGAGAAACGGCAUUCUGCUUGUAAAGAGAGUGAUAAAAAUGGUACUUGCUCUGAAACCGACGCUUUGCUUCAGAAUAACGACACGAAGGCGUAUAGACAGGGCAACGAUACAACGUCUUUCAGUCUGUGUCAGCUGAAAGACAACAUCAUACAGCAGUCAGCGAGCAAUAACGGCCAUGGUGCUGAUGAUCAUACCCAUAGCGCCCCCGACAUUAUGAGAGAUACUUGUGGCGCCCCCCAUACUAUGAGAGUUGUGGUUGAGAUAUCGCCCCUGAAUGUCCUAAAGGACACUACAGAACAGGACACAACAGAACAGGACAAUAUUUUAAAUUUAGAACUCAAUAGAACAUCACAACAUAUCUAUUCUACACAGUGA